AUGGGUGAUCGUGCAAUGCUACUCGACAUGGGCUUCGCCCAAGAGCGCGUCGACUGGGCGCUUUACACGACCAAGAAUGCUGGGCUCCAGCCUGCACUCGACCACUUGGAGGCGAAUCAGGACAACGCUGUGCCCACCGACUACAAGUCGGCAGCCCCCGCAGCUGGUUCGAGCUCUGGUGCUGGCCAUGACUACGACGAGGAAGACGAGGCUGCCCUAGCCGACCUGGUCUCGAAAAAGGGUCUGGCGGCUGCUGACGAUGCCAUCAACAAUGUCGGCGAAGCCAAGUCCAUCAAAUGUACCGACUGCGGCAAGAUCUUCAAAUCACCCGCCUUUGCCUCGUUCCACGCCGAGAAAGCGGGUCACACCUCGUUCGAAGAGAGCACAGAAGAGAUCAAGCCUCUCACCGAAGAAGAGAAAAAGGAGAAACUCGAGGAGCUUCGAACCAAGCUCGCUGCCAAGCGCGCUGCUCAGUCCAAGAUCGACGCGGAAGAAAACCGCGCCAACGAAAAGAUUCGUCGCAAAGCCGGGCAGGACCUCAGCGAGGUGAAGGAAGAGAUGAAGCGCAAGGAGCAGCUCAAGGAGGCGGAGCGAAAGAGGAAGGAGAAGGCAGAUGAUGCGGCCUUCAAGGCCAAGAUCAAGGCUCAAAUCGAGGCGGACAAGCGGGAGAGAGCGGCCAAAGCAGCGGCGGACAAGGCCAAAAGGGAAGGUGGUGGUGUGACGGAAGCGGUGCCGGCGGCGCCGAGUGCUGCGGCUUUGGCGGCGAGCGCGGGUGCUCAGGCAAAUAAGAGCUCGGCCAACGAGGCGAGGCUGCGAGUGAGGGCGCCGGGUGGGAUGUGGAUGGGAACCUUGCCCGCAGAGGCGACGUUGGCGGAUGUUGCGCAGAAGGUCAAGGCUGAGGGCAAGGAUGGCGGUGCUGCACAGCUGAAGUUCUCGACGAACUUUCCGAGAAAGAUCUUCGACGCCAGCGACGCCAGCAAGACACUGCGCGAGCUGGGACUUGUCCCCAAUGCCGCGUUGGAGGCGUCGCCCAUGUAG